AUGAUUCGCAAUCUGAUAGCCCUGAUAAAUCCAGUCGCCAAUUUGCAGAGAUCUUCAAAAAAAUUUUCUUUCUUUUUCUUUUUUCUUCAAAAGACCGCAGAACUUCUCCCUAUUUCCUUCUCGCGUCUUUCUGUUCUCUUCUUUCUAUACUUCAAUCUUAUUCGCCCCUUUCCUUUGUCUUCGCCCUUUCCUUCUCUUUCUUUCUUUCUUUCUUUCUUUCUUUCUUUCUUUCUUUCUUAUUUACAAUUGUUUCUUUCUCUUCCUUUUUUUUCUUGCAACGUUCUUUCUUUUUCCUGCCUCAUUUUCUUCCUUAAUUCUUUCUCAUCUUUCUCUUUCUUUCUCUUUCAUUCUUUCUUUCAACCGUAUUCGCUCUUUACUUCUUUUUGCCCUUUCUUCUUUCUUUCUCUCUUUCUUUCUUUCUUUCUUUCUUUCUUUCUUUCUUUCGAAAUUUCAUUUACUCAUUUUAUCUGUAUAUUAAUUUCCGACACUUUUAAAAUCCCAUUCUCAAUCCUUAUUAGUUCUCUACCUCCUCCUCCUCCUCCUCCUCCUCCUCCUCCUCCUCCUCUCUUUUCAUCUAUAUAUGGUUCGAAUUUCAGCUGA